UUAUAAUCUAAAUUAAGUCAAAAUGGGCAGUGUUGUAUGCUACUGAGAGUUAAAUAAUUCGAAGGUGGAUAGGCCAGCUCGACCAAUUAGAUUCAAUCCUAAGUUCCAAGCCAAGGCUAAACCAAACACCUUACCUACUUCUACAGGUAUUAAAUACGCUUUUGUUGAAGAAGUUGGAAGGUGAAGCUCUACUGCAGAAAUCAAGAGCCAAGGGCUUAUUUCUAUCAAUGAAUUAAACUGUGACUUCGGAAUUACUGAAAGUGAUGAAGUAGAAUCAGAGGAGAAAGGUAACAAGGUUCAAGUGGACCCGAAGCUGAUUCCAAACAACCUGAACUCCUUCCUACAAUCAAUCCAGAGGAAGAUAAGCUGUGGAGAAAGCUGUGAUAGUUCUAACAACUUUCUCGAAGAGAAGGAGACAAACUCAUCACCUGAUUCCUUGCCGAUUGGAGUUCCUAUCAAAUGUCAUCAUCAACAUACUACUCCAGAACUGAAGCGUUCAUUUCCUGUUCUUCUUAGCACUGAUAUGAGCACUGUAGGUGUUGGCAGAAGUAAAAAGAUACUUUAUAAGAAACUCAGAGAAAUGGGCUUGAUCAAACCCAAAUUGAAACUUAAGCGCAGCAAUAGUUGCUCUUGUCUUUAGGCAAGGAAUUUAAGCCUGGUGUAUUCAGGCAAUAUAUGAUAUGAGUAUGGACAAAUACAGGCCGAAAUUACAAGGAGAUGCAGGUCUUAGCUUGCUGAGACAAUUUGAAGAGGGAUUCAGAUUCAUUAUUGACAAAAGAAUUCCAGAAGAGCAGCUUUUGCUUGCAGAGGCAAAAAUCAGAAAUGAAAAAUACUUUUCAGCUGACUGUUACUUGAGAUAACUCAAAGCUUCAACUUCAAGCAUCUACUUCCUUGCGGCCUAACUCUAUACUCUUGUAUAAUUUCUUAAAAAUA